AAGACCGCGAAAAGAAUUAUUACCCCAUUGAGAAUUGUUUUUGUUUACGGUUUAGUGUACAGGAACUCUUAGGAUUAAACAGAUUAGAAAGUUGUUUAUAUAAUUGUGUAUUGCUCAUUAUCACUUAAUGAACUGGUGUCUUGCGAAUGUAAUGGGUUGAAGAGAUGUGAAUUCGAAGAAAUGGAUGUGUACCCAAGUCCACGACCAACCCCCCAAUUUUUUCUAGAACCUCAAACAUUCUCGACUAAAAAGUCACGUUCUACCCCAAGGAAUUGUGGUCCACCAAGGCCUCCUGUUAAAAGUGCCCCUCCCAUCAGUCGAAUAUUUCACCACCGCCCCAUCGAGAGGGCCCAGGUUGUGUCAUUUCGCAGUGAUGAAGGCAGUAGAUCAUUUUUAGAAAAUCAGUACAAUAAAAGCAGUCACCACCUGUACUUUGAGCAAGGAUUCAAAGUUAUAAGUAGACUGGGAUAUGGAUCUUUUGGAGAGGUUUUCAAAGUCCAAAGCAAAGAAGAUGGCAAGCUUUAUGCAAUAAAGAAGUCUAGAGAUCCUUUUAGAGGAGAGUCAGAUAGGAAAAGGAAGUUUGAAGAAGUAGCAAAGCAUGAGACGUUACCACCCCAUCCAAACUGUGUUCGUUUCUACCGGGCCUGGGAAGAACGGCAGCAUCUAUAUAUCCAAACUGAGCUCUGUAAGCUAAGCUUGACAGACUACACAGAACAGAAUCAUGAUUUAUCAGAGACAACCAUAGCCAACUACUUGGUUGAUUUGCUGAUGGCAUUAAAACAUUUACAUGACCAUAAUCUGGUUCAUAUGGACAUCAAACCAGACAAUAUUUUCAUAUCCUUUGAUGAUAUCUGCAAACUGGGAGACUUUGGUUUAGUAUUGGAUCUUACAAAGGGUAAUGAUAUAUCUGAAGCCCAAGAAGGAGAUCCCAAAUACCUAUCUCCAGAGUUAAUGGAGGGCAAGUUUGGAAAACCUGCUGAUAUAUUCAGUCUUGGCAUGACAAUACUGGAGUUAGCAAGUGACCUUGACCUUCCACGGGGUGGAGAAGGGUGGCAUAUGUUACGCUCUGGACAACUUCCUGAAGAAUUCCUAAGAGACAAGUCUUUUGACCUGAAGUAUGUGAUACAACAAAUGUUAGAUCCUGAUCCAAAAGUUCGACCCACAGUAGACCAAGUGCUAGCUUUUCCAUAUGUCAGAAAAGUAUGGAAGAGAAGACGGAGAGAGUACAUGUACAAAAGAGCAGUAAGUGCAUGUUUCUAUCUCAGCAGGAGCAUACUAGCCUUUUUGUUCCUGAUCACCAGUGUGUUCACACCCAGUUACUGGAGAAACUCCAGACUUAGUGUCGGCUCUAGCAGCAAACAUAACAGUAGUUACAGUAACCACAGCUCCAGUGGACUGGAUCACAGUAUUUCUGAUGAUGAAUGUUUUGAGGAUGACCUGAGUAUACACAAUAACUCCAUGGGGUCACCCUUAGACAGCUCCUCAGGGGACAGCUUCAGUGAAUUCAUUGUACCCUGUAAGCCUGCUCCAAGACGAGCAUUCACAUCACCGGUGUCAAGACAACGACCUUUGAACUAUAUUAGUCCACCAAUGAGUUCCUCUCCUUUGUUUUGCAAAUCCAGAAAACCAGAGACGCCAAACACCAGCUUUGAGAGCAGUUUUGAGGAUGAGCGAUCUGUCACCCCAACAUUCAACAGUAGCAACAAUAACCUGAUGGAGGGCGGAGAGGAGAGUAACAAAGUCAGCAUAGAACCCAAGAAUCUGAUGGAUAUGUUUGAUGCUACUAGUGAUGAAGAUUAGUGCAUUGUUUAGAUUCGGUGGAUGUUGCUCAGCACCAAAGAGUAUUAAGUCUGUAGACUUUUGAGUUAUAACUGCUGUUAUAUGUGUUCAACCAGCACCAACUGCCUUAAAGACUUCACCCAAAUGUGUUCACUAAAAUGUCAGCUUCAGGGGAAGCCACCGCUGUGAAUAGUGCUUCAUUAUUUGUUCUGUGUAUCAUUAAAUGAUUUUAAUGUAUGUAUAUUUUAGAUAGGUAACAGGAAAACCUAAUUUUGGAGAAUUACAUGUUUGUAUGUUAUACAUGCAUCCCCCUACACCUCCAGUCAUUUACUUGCAUGUUUAAAUCAUGAGCAUAAUUUAUGGACAAGUGUAAAAAUAGGAAUUUAUGAAAUUUAUUUAGUUAUUAAAAAGUGAAAAUUUAUGCAUUUAGGUUUUGAAAAAGUCACCAAAAUGUCUUGCCAAAGCCAUUAUGUCACCUGAAUUCACAAAACCCUUCUUCAUUAAUCACUUGAAUGUUACGAUAUUACUGAAUCUUGCUGAAAGCUGCCAUAAAAUAUACACUCAGGCAAAAACCAUUUUAUAGGUGCUUUAUUUCAAUAUACUUAAAGAAUUAAUACAAUAAAUAAGGCCACCGUUUGUGUUUCAUUCUACUUAAGUUGUUUUGAUGUCAGAGAUACUGUAGACAGGUAUUUUCAUUCUUUUUUUCUUUAUUUGGUUUAUUUAAAUGUGAGAAUAAAUUUUUGAUUGAAUGUAAAAUUUCUCCAAGAAGUCCCAUUGCAAAAUCUAAUGUCAAGUGGAAUCAAUUUACAUGUAAUAUUUCUGUGUAAUUCCUUCUGUUUAUAACAGAAAAGGAUUGUAAAGAUAUAUAAAGAUUAAAUGUCCUUUGUUAUCAUUUAAUUUGUUGCUUCUGUUAAUUAUUGUUAAUUUCUCUUAUUGGAAGGACAUGUUAAUUUGAUCCUCAAAAAUGAGGAUAGACACUUUUUUUUGUUACAUGUAUUUUAUUGGAAAGCAUUCAUUUGAACAUGCUCUGAAAUGUGCUUAUGCAAUUUUUAGUACACAGUGCAUCUAGAGUAAAAUAUUAAACACCAGCUACU